UUAGCUGCCUCUCCCGACGCUUACCUGGCUGUUACUGUGUUGCAAGGGACCCAUUGUAUUGUGACGUGGCUGUUCAUAGGUCCAGUUAUCCUACAGCCACACAAUCACAGUCACACUUUUGACUCUACGUGUCGCAAUCUAAACGGAUAAUUCCCACAAAACAUAAAAACAAAAAUCAAGUUCUGCUGGAUAAUCCCUCCUUCCUUCCCAACCUCACUUCCCCCUUCCCACCCAAUUUUCCUCUCCGCCUGGAAAAACAAAGAACCGAAACGAGGAACGGGAAGACGGAAAAAUGCAAUCCACCAGGAGCUGAGUACAGAGAUUUAUCAGCUUGCUCCCAAUUUCCAUCUGAAAUCCCUGCCGUCUCCAGCCCUUCUUCGCUGCUUUUGUUGCAAGCUGGUACGCAGAAAUUAGCAGUGAAAAACAUGGCGGCGCUCACUUCAGUCUCCUUCUCGCCGGCGAUGGGUCACUCUUCCGCUGACGGAAGGUCUUCCUCCUCUUCGUCUUCUUCCUCCGCCCGCUCUCUAGCUUUCUCCACCUGCGAAGCCUUCCGUUUCCGAACUUCCCCUUCUGCUCGCGUUCGUGGCUCUACCUCGUCGACAUCGGGCUUCGUCAUCCGUUGCAUGUCCGUUUCUACAGAUUUGCCUACUGUGGCCGAAACCAAGUUGAAUUUUCUCAAAGCGUACAAGAAACCAAUCCCUAGCAUCUACAACAAUGUCCUCCAGGAACUUAUCGUGCAGCAGCAUUUGAUUAAGUACAAGAAGACAUACUGUUAUGACCCUGUAUUUGCCCUAGGGUUUGUUACUGUCUAUGAUCAGCUCAUGGAAGGAUACCCGAGCGACGAGGAUCGCGAAAUCAUUUUCCAAGCAUACAUUAGGGCCUUGCAAGAGGAGCCAGAACAAUACAGAAAUGAUGCCAAGAAGCUCGAGGAGUGGGCAAGGACUCAGACACCCACUUCACUGGUCGAGUUCCCUUCGAGAGAAGGUGAAGUCGAGAGCACGUUGAAAGAUAUUGCAGAAAGAGCUGGCGCCGGGAAUUUCAGCUACAGCCGUUUCUUUGCUGUUGGUCUUUUCCGCCUGCUCGAGCUUUCCAAUGCCACUGAACCCACUGUCUUGGAUAAGCUUUGUGCAGCGCUAAACGUGAACAAGAGGAGCGUGGACCGGGAUCUUGAUGUAUACCGCAACCUGCUCUCCAAACUUGUUCAGGCAAAGGAGCUACUCAAGGAAUAUGUGGAGAGGGAGAAGAAGAAGCAAGCAGAACGAACAGUUUCGCAGAAGGCUAGCGAGGCUGUGAAGAACUGUUUGGGACAGCCUACCUACGUAGGGCAGCUGUAGACCUAACUGAGUAAAAUGGCUCCACAACGGUUAUUUAUAAUUCCUUCCUCUUUAAGUUGAGGUUAGAGUUGAAUUGUGGGUUCUUCACAGCUUCGGAACUGGUCUUCGUUGCAAAUAUUGUGGGCUUGCAAUAUUCAGAUCAGUUCUGUUUCCUGUGGGAAAUGGAUGAAUAUAGAAAUCACCACCCUCUCUAUCUUGUUCAUAGUUUGUCUUCCUUUUUUGCUGUUCCAACUCUAUACACAGAGUGUAAGUACUUAAAAUUCAAUUGUUCUAAUAAAUUGACUCUCUCCUCUCCUUCACUUGUUUUGUUACAUUUGAACCUCUUUUAAGAAGUGAACAAUUUUAACAAUCAUUUUCCAUUAUAUACCAUAAACAAUAGAAAUUUGCAAUAAUGUAUUAAGGAUGGC